AAUAAGUUGCUUAUGAAUAAGCUGAUUAUAAAUUAAAAAAUCUAUAAAUGCCAGAUUAAAACUUGAAUAUCCCAUAAAUGUACUAAUUAGCAUAUUAGGGUGUUGGAGAGGUAUCAAUAUUUUAUAAGUCAUAGAGUAUAGACCACUUUAAAUUUUCAGAGCCAAGAAGAGUUGGUGAAAUAGAAGCUGAUGUUAUUGAGCCAACUAAUAUGUGUAAUAGAAAAUAUUUACUUUGAUUAGUUUAACAGAAUCCAUUAUAAUAUAAUGGAUUGUAAAUAUCGCAAAUAUCUCUGCAUCCCAACUUUUUCAUAUAAUAUAAAUUAGAUGGACAGGGUGGACAAAUACUAUUAGUAGGACUUCCAUAAUAGCAACCAGUGCAUUAAUUAAAAUUGGGACCUGUGCAUUAAGAACAUGAUGAAUAACAUUAAGGAUUGAUAGCAUAAAUAUUCUUAAUUGAAACUUAUGCAUCUCCUGAGCCUGUAGAAGUGAAUUAUAUUUUUGAUGACGUGCUUGUUGUUAAACUAAAAUUUAGAGUUCUGACGUCAGCUGAUAGAGUAUCACAAAACCCACUUGUUAUCGGAUAUACUGAAGGUGAAGUAUAAGUAUGUGAGUAGGAAAACGUACCUAUUGUGAAAGUUACAGCUUUAUUUGACCAAGUACCCUAAAAAAAUAAAUCAAAUGUUAUAAAACUUCCACUCAUAAAUGAGUAUGUAUAAUAUUACUAAACAGAAGGCUUAGUUGAAUUUAAAGUUAUAUAACUUAUUGUAGGUGAGGUACAUGUGAUAAAUUAAGCUUAAGUUGUUGUAGAUGGCAAAACAAAGCCACUGGAAUAUAAGUAUCCAAGUGAUCCUGUGUAGAUACUAUAGGUUUCAUCAUUAUUUAAGUAACUAUUUGAAAUAUACCAUUAAGUAUUGGAAAUAUCAAUAAUGCCAAUGAAGACUAAAAGUAUUGA